GGGAAUCUUUUAGAAUUGUUGCUCGAAUUAGUAGUGCUGUUGGACUCUUGCAGCCAGGAUCGCGGACUAUGACUAGCUACAAGCGCUGCAUCACCAACAUUGUCCACAAGUAGACCUACGCCGUCUAAUAGCGUAGGUAGGAUAACUGUUAUAUUUUCGGUCUAACGAAGCUUACGUGAAUCCUAUAAUUAGGAUGUGAUCUACAUGGCCCUUCGCGCUAGCUUCUCAGGAAAGUGUGCGUGUCCCUUCCUAUAAGCAUACGCACUUUGUAUGAUGUCAGAGCCACAAGCAUACACACACACACACACAGAGAGAGAGAGAGAGAGAGAGAGAGAGAGAGAGAACAAGACCACUUCAUCACUCGAGGACCAAAGUCACAAUGUCGUGGACUAAGGUGUCAGAUAGACGCUGGGAGCGCCCAGUAGAUGGCCUCGAGGGCUACUUUGUCGUUAUGGCCAACAUUACCGCAGACUUAUGUAGUGGAAAAGAACACUACACUCUCUUUUCUAAGAUCGAGCUUGAACUAACGCAUUCAGAUGCACCAGCAGCCCUCAAGCGUGCCUGGGAGCAGAUACGUUACGAGCAGCCUCAGAUUGCGACCACUGUUGAAGGAAUGAAAAAGGUGUAUGAAGUUCCAGAUGCUAAAGCUUUGGAAGACUGGCUUGCAGCAACUUUCAUCGUUUCACCAGCAUCUGACGCUGAGGAACUUUAUCAGUCUGUGGAGCCCAUCAAGCAGGCCACGCUGUACUAUCUUCCAAAGUCCUCGGAACUUGUAUUCCGAGGCCAUCAUCACACUGUCGAUGGCAUGGGAAUCAUGUUGUUCUGGCACAACUACCUUGAAGCCCUUCAGAAUCCCGCCACGGACAUCAAAUUUGGCGAUGAGCCAGCUCGCCUUGCCCCUGCCAUGGAGAAGGUGCUCGGCUACUCUGAGCAGCCGACUCAAGAGCUCAGUGAUAAAGCUACGGCGCUCUUCAUGAGCUGGGCCGGCAGCAUCCCCGGAAUCGGGCCUGUUUCGCAGUUGGGCGCGGCCGCUUCUGGCAAUUGCCAUAAUACUGAACUGGUUUUCCCCAUGGAUGUCACAGCUGCACUAGUCACGGCAUGCAAGAACAAGGGCGUCAGCGUGUCUGCUGCUGUCCAUGCCGCUUAUAUCAAGGCCAUCGAGAAGUACGCUGAUCCCAACUCCAAGCUAUCGGAAUAUGUGACAGCCACCCAGUUCAACCUUCGUCCAUACCUGCCGGCGCCAUAUAACUCAAGCAAAUAUGCAGCUUCGGUUUACUACACCCCCUUGCCAUACAAAAUCAACCUCCCAACCACGUAUUGGGACCUCGUUCGAUCUCUAACCGAGUAUUACGCGACGUCGGUUAAAGGUCACCCCGAGCUGCUCGAGUUGAAGGGUCAUUUCGUGCGGGUGUUGUGCGGAGCUGUGCAGACGCCCGAGUUCCUCGCGAACCCCGUACCUAAGGAUGCCCUUGUGAGUAGCCUCGGCGUUGCUGAGCGUCACCUGCAGCGCGAAUACGGCAAUGCAAUCAAAGUCAAAGACCUCAAGUUUGGCGUUGAUGUUGUGAUGGGCAUGAGUAUGUUCUUCUUUUACACCUUCCAGGACCAGUUGAGACUAGUAUAUAGUUUCAACGACGGAUUUGAGAAGCCAGAGGACAUCCAGAAAUACUUGGAAGAGAUCAAGGCCAUCCUUGGUCAGGAACUACUUGUAGGCGCCCACUAGAAACAGACAGCCCGCAAGGGGCUAAUUAAUGGGUUUCCGACCGACAUGCUAGGGUAGUCUUUUGCUGAUUAACUUGCAAUUGGCUUCUGACAAACUCGUUGUGACAGCAUUCUCAUGCGGUGCAAAAAUUAAAGACAAAUUACACGUCGUUCCAAUCUAGAUGUCUAAGCUGUUUUUGUCGGAGGUGGUCAUGCGUCUUCGGCACCUCUAGCAGAGAUUUGCUAGGCACCUGCUAAGACGCUUACCUUCGGGCUAUACCC